AAACGGAGUAAAUAAAACGAAGUGGAGCCAGAGCUGCCAAGCCUGGUUAAGCUGGCCAAGAGCAAUGUGUUGAUAAAGCGUCUUGCGGGCUGCGUGCGGCUGUAGUCGAUAAUGUUGUUGGCGUCGACGGUGCCAGGAGCCGUUAUCCGGCCAGGCCAUAAUCAUUAUUUGAAUGCGGUGAAGGUGAAUAAGUCCAAUAACUUCAAUAUGUACAAUAAAUAUACGUAAGUGAAAACGACUAAGGCAACAACAACCAGCAAUCAGUAACCCGCAACCAGCAACAGCAACAAUAUUGCCCAACAGCACCACCAGCGGUCAUGUUAGCAGCAAGCUCGAGCGGCGCCACAGUUAACCCCAGAAGUACAGAAUUUACUGGAGCAGUAGCAAAAGCAGGAGCAACAGCAGCAGCAGCAGCAGGAGCAGCUGGUCUUAGAGCGGCGUCAUGGUGUUGAGCACCGAAUGGUCGCAGGUGGAGGUUAUCGAUUUGAUCAAUGAUGGCAACGGCUUGGGCUUUAUAUUGGUGGGCGGUCGCAGCACGGGCGUGGUCAUUAAGGCGCUGACACCGGGCGGCGUCGCUGAGCGUGAUCAGCGUUUGCAGGUGGGCGAUCAUCUGCUGCAGAUUGGCGAUGUAAAUCUACGCGGCUUCAGCUCGGAGCAGGUGGCCACAGUUCUUCGUCAGACCGGAGCUCAGGUGCGUCUGAUUGUGGCACGGCCGGUGGAGCCGACGGCCAUCGAUUAUCAUACGCUGGCCAGUCAUGCGCCCAUUAUACCAACUAAGCUCCUCUCCGACCCGGAAGAACUGUCGCGGCAUUUAUUUCAAAAUCCGAGCUUGGCCACGGCAACCACUCCACUGGAUGUCGGCAGUCUGGUUGGCCUGGUCACUGGCGCCCCGGCUGGCGACACAGCCGAUCAGGGCAAUGUGUCAGCGCUUGUGCCCCUGACCCUGCCCUUGCCCCUGUCCUUGCCACUGUCCUUGCCCUUGCCCGCAAUUGCUGCCGCCGCCGCCGCCGUACCCGAUACAGAACUGGCCGAUCUGCCGCUGCCGCCCAUACCCACUAAUCCGAGCAGCAGCUCGGAUAGCAACCGGUGCCUGCAGGAUGUGGAUAUUGUGCCCUAUUCAAUACUGUCGCCACCACCGACGACUGCACACCUGACGGCACGACAGUCGCUGCAAUUGCCAUUAGGCCCGCGUUGGCUGGAUGAUGAUGACGAUGCUGAUGGCGAUGGCGACGGGGAGGAGGACUUGGUGGUGGAGAAGGCGCACAUGGAUGGCACUGUGAUAGCCGGCAAAAAGUUGGCAACGACAAUGGCGACGGCGACGGCGACGGCAACGCCCAAUGCCGAUGAUGGCGACUGUUGCUCUCUGGGCUCCGAGUCGCCCUCCACAUACGCGGACUCACCCGAAACCGAAACGUAUAUCGUGGAGCUGCACAAGAAUGUCUACGGCUUGGGUAUUACCGUGGCCGGCUACGUGUGCGAGGAGGAGGAUUUGUCGGGCAUAUUUGUGAAGAGCAUCAUUGAGGGCAGUGCCGCCGAGAUGAGCGGCCAGAUUCAGAUCAAUGAUCGCAUUGUGGCCGUCGAUGGUCGCACUCUGUCGGGCGUGACCAAUCAUCAGGCUGUGGAAUUGCUGCGCAAUACGGACAUUGAGGUGCAUCUGACGUUGGAGCGUUUCCUGCGCGGCCGCAAGUAUGAGCAUCUGCAGGUGGCUCUCACGGAGAUGAAGGUCGGCCCGAGCGCCAACGAUGGCGAUGCCCAGUCACAGCUCUCGAUGCCCGGCUCGCCCUCCAUAGCGACGCUCAGCUGGCUGCCGCCAAAAUCCGCUGAUGCGGACUCCGUUGUCACCGAUGCUGGCGAUAAUCAACUGCUGGCGGACUUUCCAGAGCUGCCCUCGCGGGACACCGUGGAUUCGAAUCUGUCGCAUAUGCUGGAUCGCAGCGACCACAGUGCCCCACAUCUGACCAACGGAAAUGGCAAUGGCCAUGGGCAUGAUCAUGACAGCGGCAAUGACACCGACGAGCAGUGUCCAGAGCCGGAACAGGAACUGGUGCCGGAGCUGAUGGCUGGAGCUGCAGCCGUUGCCCAGCCGGAACAUGGCAAGACGCCCACCAAUGAGCUGGAUACGCCCACGGCCACGCCCACACCGCCCGUAGCCAUGCCGCCGAAAUUGUCCAGCCCCAGCACCAACUCGCUGCGGGCGGCCUGGAAAAGUCUAGGGAUCAGCCUCGAGGGCACCGUCGACGUCGAGUGCGGCAUUGAGAAGCGUCCGCAUCAUUACAUACGCUCGAUACUCGCGGACGGUCCCGUCGGCAGGCAGGGCAUACUGCGGCCGGGCGACGAGCUGCUCCAGGUCAACGAGCACAAGCUGCAGGGCCUGCGUCAUAUCGAUGUGGUUAAGAUACUCAAGGAGUUGCCAGCUAGCGUGAAGCUGGUCUGUGCUCGCGGCACCCGUGCGCCCUGCAUUAUCAAUACCUCGCGGAAUGUGGAGGCCUUCGAGUCGCGCAGCUUGCUGCCCGGCGGUCAUCAGAGCCUGCAGAAUCUGCUGAGCAAGGCGCAAUCGGAGAGCUCUCUAUACACAUCCAGCUCAACGACGCUUACGGAAUCAGCAACCGCUGCGGCUGCUGUUGCCGUCGCCAGCGCCGGGACCGGGGCAGCAACGCAACGCUCCAAAUCGCUGGAGAAUGUGUCCGGACUGGCGCUGUGGAGCUGCGAGGUGACAGUCGUGGAGAUUGACAAGUCAGAGCAGGGCUUCGGCUUCUCCAUACUCGACUAUCAGGAUCCGCUCGAUGCGGAGAGCAGUGUUAUUGUGAUACGUGGCCUGAUACGCGGUGGUGCUGCGGAGGCAACCAACCAGAUCUUUCCGGGCGAUCGUUUAAUCAGCGUCGGCGACUAUGUACUCCAAGGUCUCGACCUCGACGAUGCGGUGGCCAUACUGAAGGCCAUGCCACCGGGCACAACGCGUCUCGGCAUUUGCCGCCCACUCUCCACCUCGGACAGCAACAGCAACAUGGCCUCGCCCAUUGGCGAUUCGGCGAGCAGCACAUAGUGCCGGGCAGGGCCGCAACCGGAGCGCCAGCUUCUAAUGCAUUAUAUUUUGACCCUCGUAACGGCCACUUAAAUGCGGAGCUGCCAACAGACAACCAAAGAGCUAAAACACCAAAAUGCCAGCAGCAAAAACCAAAAUCGCUGCAGUAUAAAUCAGCGGAACUGAGCAUGCGACAAUUUGUACAUAGAUGAUGGCCCGCAAAAGUAUAUAUAUAAAUUGUGGAGUAGUAUUCAAAGCACCCACAACACAUAUGAGUAGUAUUUAGUAAAUCCCCUCCCACACACACACACACCCACCCACAUGCAUCUAACGUAGUCAUAACUAAUUGGCCCGAUGGCGCUGACUUGUUAUUGAUUGCAUAUACGAAUAAAUAAAUAAAUAGAUAGUUAUGCAUGCGAACUUUUCGCUCUGAGAUUACAAAAUAUCAUAAAUUGUAAUAUCCAUAAAUUGUUAAUGACAAGUUUUUUUUUUGUUUUUGGCUAACACUCAUCGUCAGAUGUCAAGGACACACACAAAAUCUAGUCGAACAGAUUCGAGAUAUCAGAAAACCAACAAAACUAUCAAUAUUGCCGAACAAUUUUGGAAGGUAGUGCUCCAGUUUGUACCAAUUGUAAAUACUUAAUAGUUUUUUUUUAUAUUAUAUAAAAAUUUCCUAAUUUGAUACAUAGUUGAAUGUAGUUACGUUAAGGGGUUAAGAUUCAUUGCCUUGGCGGGGAAGCGCCUGUGCUGGCCCCUAGUAUUUAAGUAGGCAAUCACAAGAAACUAUUGAAAAUUGUAAAUCGAAAGGAAAUUACAUGAAUAAUAGUAAAAAUUGUAUGCUUACGCUAAAAUUAUAUAUUAAUAUAUAUAUAUACUAUAUAUAUAUACACAAUUGACGACCAAACAAAAGUUUAACUUUAUAUUUAGAAACUCUAAAGAUCAUACUUUAAAUACAUGCAACCAUAUUGAAGCCAACUGAAUGGACUAGUGGCUGGGGCAGUGCGAAUCCUUGAGAACUAUUUCAGACACUUGGUAUAUAAAAAUGUACAAGCUCGAAAGCCUUGGUCCUUGAAACAAUCAACAGAAAACCCAAAUUCAUAGGGCUGAGCAUGGUUUUGAAGGACUAAGCACUGCCGCAGCUUUAGCUCCACUUAAUAUUCUAUAAACGAGUAAAUGAUAGAUUCACGAUAAGGAAGAAGGAAAAAAGAAACAGAAGGCUUGUUAGUGAUAUUAAUUUAAAAUAAACUGAAACUAAAACCAAUUAAUGGCUCCUUAGCGAUUAUAGAAGUGUUAAACGAACUUUUUUCAUUUGCCGAAAAACUUGAGGAUGACACUAAACUGAAGAGACUAUACUUAGUCAUCUUCGAGGGCAAACUAGAGUCUUUAUUUAAGCACGCCCAAUAUAGUUAGUCAGAUAAGCAUAGGCUUUGAUGUAAAUUCAAAAAUUUCUGUCAACUUCUGUAAACUUUGUCAUCUUAAGCCUGAAACUGAUUGUAAAUAAGAGCAAAUGAUAAAGAAAACUCAGCAUUCGAAAUAGAAAUUAAAUCACAUAAGAACUCAUAUAUCAACUAAAUUAAAUAAUAAAUUUAAAUACACAC